UCAUUUGAUGAAUAAAUAAAUAAAUUUGAAGUCAUUUUCAAGUGGAUCUCAAAAAUGCUAUCUGGUGGUUAUUCAGCCUUACUUUUGGGGUUUAUAGUCACUGUUCUUGCUGUAGAGUGCUCCAAUGCAAAUGGUCAUCUAGGUGUUUCUACAGGAAAUGUUGAAGCAAAAGGAAAGAACUUGAGCAGCAGGAAAGCAAAGAAAGUUGAAUCUCAUCAUAGUUACAUACCUGAGGAGGAUACUGUUGCAGCUGCUCAAGUUAAUCAUGUAAGAAAAUUUCUUGUGGGGAGAAAGAAUCAGCUGGGAAUUAAUGGAAAACCAAUACAUAUUUCAGGAAAAUGUAAAUCAGAUGAGGCACAGAGAUCUUGCACUGAACAACAACAACAACAACAAAAUAGCGAAAACUCUCAUAUUGAUGAUUCGGUGGAAAAGGAUGGAUUGACGGCGUUUCUAGAGGCAGCCGACCAGGUUGCCAAUCUGAUGCGCAAGGACUACACUGGAAAAGGCCGUGGUCGAAGAAAGCCGCCAGUCAAUAACCAAGAGCCAAAGGUUUAAGAACAAGUUUUUAAUGUAAUAAUGUAGUGCACUAACAAUGGGAGCUUCACAAUUUUGUCACCCCACAGUGAAAGUCAUCCCUAUAUAUAUAUAUAUAUAUGUAUGUAUACUAUCAAGAAAAGUAGUUGUUUUUGCUCGGUUAUUAGAAUAUUGCAUGCUUGCAAGUAUAGGACUUUCCCUUUAUGUCAGUAUUAAGAUCACAAAAGUAUGUAGAAAACUUGGUAGUAUUGUACAUUAUACAUUAAUUACACUUGUUUUUCUUGAUUUUUAAUUUUCC